GCUUCCUGAUGGCUUUAUAAAAACCACAAGCCUAAAGCUUUAGUCCCUCAGUCUGUAAUUUUCCAGACCAGGCAAUAGCAUUUCAGGGAUCUGAAAAGCAAAAGAAAUUUGAAUCAACAUGUCUUUUGUAUCGGAAUUUCUGAAGCAGGCCUAUUUUAUAGACAAUGAAGAACCACAAUACGUUAAAAAUUCUAAAAGUGGUUCAGCAGUCAAUGCCUACCCAAACUUCAAUCCUUCAGCUGAUGCUGCGGCACUGGACAAAGCCAUAACUGCUAAAGGGGUUGAUGAACAAACCAUCAUUGAUAUUUGCACCCGAAGAACUAACAGCCAGCGCCAGCAGAUCAAAGAUGCCUACUUGCAAUUAAAGGGAAAGCCUCUGGAAGACAGCUUGAAAAAAGCACUCAAAAGCCCCUUGGAAGAGGUGAUUCUGGCACUGCUGAAGACUCCAGCCCAUUUUGAUGCUGAUGAGCUCAGGGCUGCCAUGAAGGGGCUUGGAACAGAUGAAGCAACUUUAAUUGAGAUUCUGACAACAAGGAACAACAAAGAAAUCAGAGCAGCAAGCAGAGCAUAUCAGGAAGUUUAUAAGAGAGAUCUUGCCAAAGACAUUGCCUCAGACACAUCUGGAGACUUCCAGAAAGCUUUGCUUGCCCUAGUAAAGGGUGACCGUGAUGAAAAUCCUCACGUGAAUGAUGAGCUGGCAGAUAACGAUGCCCGGGCCAUGUAUGAAGCUGGAGAGAGAAGAAAAGGAACAGAUGUGAAUGUUUUCAUUAACAUCCUCACUACAAGAAGUCACUCACAUCUCCGAAGAGUUUUUCAAAAAUACUGUAAAUAUAGCAAACAUGACAUGACCAAAGCUCUGGACCUGGAACUGAAAGGAGACAUUGAGGCCUGCCUGACAGCAAUUGUGACAGCUGCCGCAAGCAAACCAAGUUUCUUUGCUGAAAAACUGUAUCAUGCAAUGAAGGGUUCUGGAACUUGCAGAAAAACGCUGAACAGGAUCAUGGUGUCGCGUUCUGAAGUUGAUAUGAAUGAGAUCAAAGGAUAUUACAAGGAGAAGUAUAAGACAUCCCUACGCCAGGCCCUUCUGGAUGAAACAAAAGGCGAUUAUGAAACCAUUCUGGUGGCUCUCUGUGGUGAGGACUACUGAGCACCAUAUCCUUCCGCUGCCCUCCUGCCUCUCCAGUACUUUUUUUUUAGUUCAAGCUGUUACAUAUCUUUGUAUAAGAAAGUUUUAAACAGAGAGGGAUCUCUGGUUUUCGUUAUCAAGUCUUGAUGUCGGGAUGAGCUGUCGCCUGGAAAAUGCACGUAGAUCUUCAUCUCUGCUUUUUUGUUUAUGUUUAUCCAAAGCCAAAAAGUAUAUUAAGAACAGAUAUAUCUGCUUUUAUAGGGUUAACCAAUGCAAAUGGUACGGAACUGAGUAGCCAAAAGUGACAUUCCAAAUAAAAAUAACCUAUGUUCUCUA